CCCGGUGGAGGAAGGCGUUGCUCGUCGCUCUCGCUAGGAACCGACCAGAGGAACGGAAAAUGGCGGACCUCGAAGACGUUACGCUGGACGGGAGACCGCUCCAGUCCCUUCGAGUAGCGGAUUUGAAAGCUGCUCUUGAGGAGAGAGGACUCUCUAAAAGCGGACAGAAGAAUGCUCUCAUCAAAAGACUCAAAGGGGCUCUCAUGCUGGAGAAUCUGCAGAGGACCUCCACCGCUCACAUCGGACUGCAGCCAAACUCACAGAUUGGGGAGGAAAUGAGCCAGAACAGCUUUAUCAAGCAGUAUCUGGCUAAACAACAGGAGCUCUUGAGGCAGCGGCUGGAGAGAGAGGCUCGUGAAGCAUAUGACACAAACGAGGAAGAGGACCACACAGAAGUUAACAACAGUACCUCAUGUCCUCCUCAAGCCCAGGAUGCCACAGCAGCACUGGCUGAGCAGCACAAGCCGCCUGGACCCUCAGGUGGGGAGGGAUUCUUUGGUGCAGCGAAUGAGGGAGAGGGUAACAGGAGCCAAGAUGCUGACAUGUCCGGUCCUCCUGCUUCUGGCUCUGUGGCCAUGCGUGUUCCUGGUAGUGAGUACCGGCCAGAGAGGGGGUCUGCCUCCAAUGAAGUUGCUGACAGCGACGACGAUGAUAGUGAGGAUGGUGAGGAGGAUGGUGACGAUGAUGACUGGGAAAACGGUGCCCGUAGGAGAAGCCACAGAGAGCCAGCCAGAGUGCCCACGACCAGAGAGAGGUCUGGAGCAUCCUGUCAACCUCCCCAGCAACACAUGCCUUCCCUUUUGUCCCCUCAACUCCGGCAGCCAACACCUCCCCCCUCCCCACCUCCAGAGUUAUCAUUUCCCUUGCCUGACACCCCUAAACAGAGUCCCCCUAGUCCAGAUGUAGCCCCAGCAAGGCGCUCACCCAGUUCCUCGAGCUCUGGUUCCUCCAGCAGCGGCAGCCGCAGUAGCAGCCCAGAGCCACAGAGGAGUGGACAUGCCGAGCGCAAGCCAGGCCCACUGACCCUUCUGGCGCGUAAAAUGGAGUCAGAAGGUGCUUUCUCGGGAGCAGGUUGGCACCGCAGCGGUGGGGAAGGUGAUAGGCAGGACAGCAGUUCUCCGGCUACAUCAUUUCCUGGCAGAGGGCCUCCAGAGGGUCUGGUAUCUGCCAUCACUCACACAGCCAAUACUGCAGGCCAUGUGUCAUUUCCCAUGAUUCCAGGCGCCAACCAGGGUAUCACGGGAGCACAUUCAGCCCAUAUUCAAGUACCUGUGAGUGUGCUCAAGGCCACUGCAACAGAAGAGAGGGACAGAGAGAGGGACUCUGAGAUAGAAAGAGAAAAGGCCCUUGAGCUGGAAAGGCAAGAGAAGCAGAGAAAACUUGAGCAAGAGAGAGCAAUGGAGGAAGAGCGAAAAAGAGCUCUUGCACUAGAGAGAGAGGAAAGAGAGAGAGCUCUGGAGAAAGAGAGAAUUGAACGACAGCAGGCUUUAGAAAGAGAAGAGCGAGAAAGGGCUUUGCAGCGGGAGAGAGAACUUGCUCUAGAACGCGAGAGGCAGGAGAGGGAACUAGCUUUGGCUAAAGAGAGGGAAGAGCGAGAGCAAGCCUUAGCACGAGAGAGGGCCCUGGAGUUGGAGAGGCAGAAGGAGCUUGAAAGACAGAGGGCCCUGGAGCAAGAACGUCUGCAGAGAGAAAAAGAGGAGAAGGAGAAGCGCGAGAGAGAAGAAUUGGAGAGAGCAAUGGAGCUAGAAAGAGCCAAGGCUUUGGAGCAGGAAAGGAAGGAGAGAGAAAGGGCUCUGGAGCAAGAGAGACUGGAGAGGGAAAGGGUUCUGGAGCAAGAGAGACUGGAGAGGGAAAGGGUUCUGGAGCAGGAGAAACUAGAGAGGGAACGGGCUCUGGAGCAAGAGAGACUAGAGAGGGAACAGGCUCUGGAGCAAGAGAGACUAGAGAGGGAAAGGGCUCUGGAGCAAGAGAGAAAGGAGAAGGAGAGGAUUGAGAGAGAGAAGGCCUUGGAGCAGGAAAGGUUGGAAAGGGAAAGGUUAGAGAGAGAGAAAGCCUUAGAGCAAGAGAGACUAGAGAGGGAGAGACUAGAGAGAGAAAAAGCCUUAGAGCAAGAGAGACUCGAGAGAGAAAAGGCCUUAGAGCAAGAGAGAAUAGAAAGAGAGAAAGCUUUAGAGCAAGAAAGAUUAGAGAGGGAGAGAGCUCUGGAACAAGAGCGACUAGAGAGAGAGAAAGCCUUAGAGCGAGAGAGAAUCGAGAGAGAGAAAGCCUUGGAGCAAGAGCGACUAGAACGAGAGAAGAUCUUGGAACAAGAGCGACUAGAGCGAGAGAGAAUUGAGAAAGAGAAAGCUUUAGAGCGGGAGAGAAUAGAAAGAGCUUUAGAGCAAGAAAGGCUGGAGCGGGAAAAAGCCCUCGAACAGCAGAGGUUAGAACUUGAGAGGAAGGAAAAGGAGAGAAUUGAGAGAGAGAAGGCAUUGGAGCAAGAGAGGAUAGAGAGGGAAAAAGCCUUGGAACGAGAGAGGGAGGAAAAAGAGAGAUUGGAGAGAGAGGCUGCUCUUGAACAGGAGAGGAAGGAGAAGGAAAGAGCAGAAAAGGAGAGGAAAGAAAGACUGGAGAGAGAGAAAGCUCAAGAGCAGGAGAAGCUGGAAAGAGAGAGAGCCUUGGAAAAGGAGCGAAAGGAGAAGGAGAGGGCUCUUGAACUUGAAAGGUUAGAGAAGGAGAAGGCCAUGCAGAAAGAAAAGGAGGACCAGGAGAGGGCCCUGGAGCAGGAGAAAGAGAGAGCUAGGGUGGCUGAAAAGGAGAGGGAGAGUCACCUCCCUCCAUCCAAACGUGGCCGUGAGAUUGGUCUCACCCCCCUGCCCACUCCUCCUCCCCUCUCCACAGGACCAGGUAGAAAGUCAUCGACAGAGGCAGGAGAGCAGGAAGAUCUCCAUGCUCCAUUGCCCCGGAGUGAAGCAGCAGCAGAAUCCGUUGCACCCAUGUCACCAACACCUCUGUCGCCUCAGUCCUCCUUCAAGAAGUUCCGGUUCUUUAGAGACUCCCCAAUUCAGCCCCAGUCUUCUGCCACUUCUAUGGUCAUCAAGCGGCCCCGAAACUUCUCUGAUACCCCCCAGCCUCGGGCCUCACCUGUCUCGUCCCUCACUGAUGGUGGGGAACGACAGCAGGAAGGACUUAAAUCCACUGCUGAACAGGAAGAUCCACAGAUGCAGCCUAAACAGGAGGUUGUUGCCAGGGCGUUGGGAUCGGAAAAGGAGACCACUGUUAGUACCACACUAGUCCCGAGUCCCAAAAAAGAAGGGGCCACACACCUCAUAUCGGAUGACAAAGAAAAGGAUUUGGUGAAGACAGAACAAGCCGCCAAGGAAUCCACCGAAAAAGCAGAAGUGGAUGAAAGCAAGGGCCCCACACGCCAAGUGGAUGCUACACAGCAGAGGGGAAGAGAUACAAAGAAAGAGGAAAAACAAGCAAGACGAAGAUCAUCGUCUAAUGAUUCCUCUUCAUCAGAAUCGGACUCUGGGUCCUCAUCAUCUGGGUCCUCUGGCUCAUCCACGUCCUCUCAAGAGAAAACCUGCUCCACAUCAAGAGGUAGAAGGGAAGAGAGACCUGAAAGAGAUUCCUCACCAAAGCACAGGGGGACACUAGAGGCUCAGGCUGAGGGUUUAAAGGAAACUCCAAAAGCCUCCCCUUGCAAAAGGGAGAUGUCUGAAGAGAAAAGUAACACUACUGUUGAUGGAGACAGUCACACCAAGAAACCCUUUACUGAAGCACCAACCAGAGUGGAGACGAAAAAGAAGAGAAAGGACAGCGACGGAGAGGAGGAAACAGACAAACUAAGGCAGGUGAAGGACACUGCCAUGGCAGAGCCAGAGAAGCUUCCAGAGACCAGCGAGGAGACACCAAAGGCCUUCUCAGCUCGUAAGAUCUCUAUUAGCAGCAGUAAAUCGUCCCCAGGCACUGGUAGUGCAGAGGGCGAGCAGGAUUCUGGGGCCACGGCCGGUCGCAAGAGGAGGUGGGGCUCCAGCACAGCUGUCACUGCCAAGAAACCUUCCAUCAGCAUCACCACAGAUUCACUGAAGUCUCUGAUCCCAGACAUCCGUCCAUGUCUCGGGCAGGAGGCAAUAGUGGACCUCCACCCAGAGGAAGCUGUCCUCUCCGGGGCUGAGGAUGAAGAGAGGGAACGCUCUGACCAGGACCUUCAGAUCCGACGCACUGUCACACAGGUGGUGCACUCAGAGAGCCAGGAGAAUGGACAGAAAGAGGCAAAGAGGAGCAGACAUGAGGAGAUGGUGGAGGAUGACCCACAGGGAGACAGAGAGAGGACAAGGGCGCAUGGAGAGCAGAUGGACACCUCAUUUCCCGGAGAGACGGAAACCCAUUCUCCUUCUCAUACCAGCCAUGAUGUAGAAAUCAACACUGUGACCCCCAGCGACACCCUCAUUCGUCGCUCCAUCAGCCAGCAGAAAACUGGUGUUUCCAUCACAAUUGAUGACCCUGUUCGCACGGCCCGGCAGCCCUCACCACCUCGCGGCAAAGUCUCCAACAUUGUUCACAUCUGUAACCUGGUGAGGCCAUUCACUCUGGGGCAGCUUAAGGAACUGCUCAGCAGAACUGGCACCUUGGUGGAGGAGGGCUUCUGGAUCGACAAAAUCAAGUCUCACUGCUACGUCACUUACUGUAGCUCAGAGGAGGCAGUUGCUACACGGGCAGCUCUUCAUGGAGUGAAAUGGCCGCAGAGCAACCCAAAAGUCCUUAGCGUAGACUUCUGCCAGCAAGAUGAGCUGGACUUUCACAAAGGCUUAGGUGCAGCCGAAAGACCCGGAGCAGAAGAGCAGGGGCCUGCCUCCGGCCGUGGUCGAACAUCGGGGCUGCCCUCUCUGCUCCCAGAGCGAGACCAGUGGGCGGAGCGUGAGCGUGAGAUGGAGCGUCGGGAGAGGGCUAGAGCAGAGCGAGAGUGGGAUCGCGACAAAGUCAGAGAGUUUGGGAAACCCGGUGAGGAGAAGGAGGGAGGUCCCAGGAGGUCACGUUCCCGAGAGAGACGACGCAAGGAGAGGGGGAAGAGCAAGGAGAAGAAGACUGAGAAGAAAGAGAAAACAGCAGAGGAUCCUCCUGCAAAGCUGCUUGAUGAUCUGUUCCUCAAAACUAAAGCAGCUCCCUGCAUAUACUGGCUUCCACUUACAGAAGAGCAGUUUGUUCAACGGGAAGCUGCCAGAGCAGAACGGAUGAAGGAGCGCGAGAAACGGAGGAAGGAGCAAGACGAGGAGGAGGAGAAAAAAAAGGAAGAGGAGCGCAAAGAGAGGAUGAAAGCUGGAGGCGGCCCAACCGGAGAGCGGAGUGAGGGUGAGAAGGAAAGGGAAAGGGACAGGGACAGGGAGAGGGACAGAGACAGAGACCGGGGUAGAGAUAGAGACAGGGAGAGGGAGAGGGAGAACGACAAACGCAGGGAUGGCUACCGUAGGCCAGAGGGCCGCGGGGCAGGCGGGGGCCGACGCUCACGCAGCCGCAGCGACCCGCGAGAAAGGCGACGUUAAUGGCCAAUCAACUGAUGGAACUGUCCUAGAGACCACCCUCUUCCAUUUGCCUUUCACUACAUGUACUUUGUUACAACUAAGACCCAACAGAGGACCAACUGAUGUCGUCACCAUCUCUCAAAUUGUCACCUUUUUUAAAGCACAUCUACACCUACACGCAGUCAUGCUUAAAGGGGACCAUGAUUUUUUGCAGUGUUGUUUCCCAGAGUGCUGUACGUCUCGCUUCUGUCAAGGUUUGAUAUAUUUUCUUUAAACGUUUGCCUCUCUUUUUCUUAAGUUUUUGUCUUGACGGUUCAGCAGUAUGGCACGCUGGGUAAUUUUAAUAAUUUCCCCCAAUGUUCCCCAUUUGCCCCCCAAGUGUAGGUGCCAAUUAUGAUUUGCAAUCAAUUGUCGUCGCCUCAGUGUUUUAACAGCUCUGAAAUCUGGAUGAGGAAUCCUUUUGUUGCUGCAUGUAGUCCAAGGCUCUCCUUGCCAGUCCUGCCUAAAGAGAAAACUGCCCUCUGUGCAGAGGCUUGCAUAAAUCUGAAAAUAUUGGAAUAGGUGUGUUUGGCAUUUUGUACAGACCUAUAAGAUUACUCAAAAACAAGUCUUUAAAUAAGGCAGCUCUGGGGUAUUUUUGGACAGAUGUGGAAUAACUACUAAGGCAAUGCAGUGUUCCUCUCUCCCUCUAUUUAGUUAAGAGAUGAGACGAUUCUCUGGUGGGGGAGAAUCCAUGUCUGUCACACCUGACACAAGCUAUAAUUAUGUCCUUAUCAUUGAUUCUCCUCUUCCUCCCUCCUUUCCUCCUCUUCCUCCAGUUCUCUUACCCUGUAGUGUCAAUACAGGCCCAAGAGGGGAGGUUGCAUUAUGACUUUUCUCACCAAUGGUUUUAAUAUUGUUUUUUAAUCUUUAUUUUAUCAUUUUAGUACAAAGGUUUGUUUUUGUUUUUUAAUUUCUUCUUUGAGUACGCCUAUCAGUGGUGAAUGUACAAAUAAUAAAAACUGAAAUUUC